AUUUAGGAAUGGAAUUAUCGGAUCAAAGGUUAAAAGUGCAAUUAAAGUUUUAAUACAUCUUGCCAACUUUUUUUACAAAAAUCCUGUGGAUCUUUUCUUGAUAGGCAUUUUAGCAGCAUUGAGUGUUGUUUUGAAAAAUCGUUGAUAAUUGAUACCUAGAGAAACAAAGUGCAGACAUGAAUAUUAUCACCAGGAUCUGAAGACUCUAAACAUUGCUCUUCAGGCUUGUCAUGGAGUUUUUUGGAAAAAGGAAUCUGUGAAAUUAUGUGAAUAGAGACUAUUUUUCAAAACCAUGGGGGAAAGAGAAAGAAGUCCAGAUAAUGAUCAAGAAAGUAAGACAGGCAAAUACCAUUACUCUUAUUGUUCAUCUGAUUUUGGAUCUACCCCACAGUCUUCUGGCCGGUCAUCGCUGGUCAGUUCUUCACCUACGGGUAUUAAGGGAAAAAAUCCUAAAAGACAAAUUUCAGAUAGCCAAGUGCAUCAUCAAGCCCCUAGGAAGCCAAGCCCUAAGGGUCCACCAAACAGAAGGGGAGUCCGAGUGGGAUUUCGCUCCCAGAGCCUCAAUAGGGAGCCACUUCGGAAAGAUACUGAUCUUGUAACAAAACGGGUUCUUUCUGCAAGACUGCUAAAAAUCAAUGAAUUGCAGAAUGAAGUAACUGAACUCCAGGUCAAGUUAGCUGAGCUCCUAAAAGAAAAUAAGGCUUUGAAAAGGCUUCAAUACAGACAGGAGAAAGCCCUGAAUAAGUUUGAAGAUACAGAAAAUGAAAUCUCACAACUUAUUGCUCGUCAUAACAAUGAGAUUACAGCACUCAAAGAACGCUUAAGAAAAUCUCAAGAGAAAGAACGGGCAACUGAGAAAAGGGUAAAAGAUACAGAAGGUGAACUAUUUAGGACAAAAUUUUCCUUACAGAAACUGAAAAAGAUCUCUGAAGCUAGACACCUACCUGAGCGAGAUGAUUUGGCAAAGAAACUAGUUUCAGCAGAGUUAAAAUUAGAUGACACCGAGAGAAGAAUUAAGGAACUAUCCAAAAACCUUGAGCUGAGUACUAACAGUUUCCAAAGACAGUUGCUUGCUGAAAGGAAAAGGGCAUAUGAGGCUCAUGAUGAAAAUAAAGUCCUUCAAAAGGAGCUACAACAACUGUAUCACAAAUUAAAAGAAAAGGAGAGAGAACUGGAUAUAAAAAACAUAUAUUCUAAUCGGCUACCAAAGUCUUCUCCAAAGAAAGAAAAAGAACUUAGAUCAAGAAAAAAUGCUGCAUGCCAGAGUGAUUUUACGAACCAGUGUACAAAAGGAGUACAAACCAGUGAAGACGUGGAGCUGGAAGAAUUUCCUAUAACACCACAAACGGUUAUGUGUUAUGAAAACAGUUGGGAAGAACCUGAACAUCUUACUUUGGACCUGGAAUUGCAAGAGAGAGGUAAACAUGAAGAAGCAGGGAUUCUAAACCCAAUUGUGAAAAGAGAAGAAAAAUUUUUUAAAGAUCAAGGACUCCAUGUUGUAAAUCAGGAGGUUGAAAAGCUGGAAGAUGAAUGGGAAAGAGAAGAACUUGCUAAAAAGCAAAAAGACAAGAUAUCUUUGCUGGAGAGAGAAGAAAAGCCCACAUUGGAAACUGGAAGAUACCAAAUGGAAAUGUACCAAAUUCAAAAUAUUGAUAAAUUGGAAGAAGAGGAAGAAGAAAGGCUAAAGAGAGAAAUGCUACUUGCUAAACUGAAUGAGAUCAACAGAGAACUCCAAGAUUCUCGGAAUAUAAAAUGCCCUCCUCUGCCAUUGCUUCCUGAUUUGGAAUCAAAACUGCAUUCCCCAGAGAGAAGCCCCAAAACAUACAUGUUCUCUGAAUCCUCAGAGAGAGUAUCUAAUGGGCAUCAUCUGCAAGACAUCAGCCUUUUCACUCCAAAAGGAGAUGGUCAGAAUCCAGGAAAUACUAGAAGCCCAGCCUUCCCAAAUGAGCUUGCAUUUGGCAGCUAUGUGCCUUCAUUUGCGAAAACAUCAGGGAAGUCAAAUCCAUUUAGCCAAAAGAGUGGCCUUGUGGAUGUCCAAAGAAACAGUAUAGAGAAACAUAGUAAAGACAGUGUAGAUUUAAUUACAAGAAGAGAGAAAAAAGCUAAUCUGAUGGAACAGCUGUUUGGUGCCAGUGGCAGCAACACCAUUUCCUCUAAAAGCAGUGACGCAAAUUCUCGGGCUGCCAGCAAAGGAGACCUUGACCCUCUAAAUUUUCUCCCAGGGGAUAAGAGCAGCGGGGAUAGAGAACGUGAUGAAGAUGAUGACUUUUUCCUCAGUGAAGGAAGAAGUUUUAAUCCAAAUAGACACCGAUUAAAACAUGCAAACAGUAAACCAGCAGUAAAAGCAGUGGAAUCUGUAGAAGAUGAAAUUGAAGAAGUAGCCCUGAGAUGACUGACUACAGUAUACAUUUUUCCAAUUGUAAAUAUUAAAAUAUUUUAAUACAAUAUUUAUUAUAAACCUUUAGAAUUUUUAAUGUUAAAAAGUCCUUAUUAAGGAAUGAUUUUUAAUAGACAAAUACAGUGUAAAUGGAAAGAAGUAGAUCAUAUCUCACCACAUAGUUUGCUAAGAAUGAAGGAGACUUUUGAAUGAACCCAAAAACAGAUGUAUUUUGCUUGGUUUUGGCUUUUUAUUUACAAAUAGGUUUUACCUCUUAAUCAGCUCUAUAGGAAGUUUUACUCCAUUGGAGUUCAUAUUUAUUUCCUAUUUUUAUCCCUAUUUAUUUAUUUACUUAUUUUUGGUCAUGUCCUCAUUGAAGUAAAUAUAGUCUUGUCGAGUGGAAAUUGAAGGUGUGAGGCUCUGCGUUGGGAAGAUAGCUCCCAGAUGGUGGAGCACUGGUGCUACUUAGGAGCCCUGUCCUCUGUGGACAGGGGUCCCUUUCUCACAUAGCAUAGUUGAGCUACUCUUAAGUGGAAGCUGUGACAACAUAGGGAUUUCCCACUUAAGAGAUGCAUUAAAUCGCUUGCCUACAACUCUGCUAACAUAUUAGGUUGAGAUCAGGAGACAUUUGUCUGUCUGCUUGGAUAAUUCCUCUGUCAUAGCUCCUGGAGACUUGGGUACAGUGGUAAUCAGUAAUUCUUUUCCUCUUACACUCUGUAUCUCAGUGACUGGGUAUGAAAUCUCAUACCCAAAUACAUGAAAUUAAAGAAAUUUCAUCCUAAUAAUAUAGAAAGAUUUUUCAACUCAGUUAUG